GGAGAAGAGCCGGAAGCCAGGAAGUACGCAUAGCUCUUUUUAUGGUGCUUGAUUGCUGUGGUAUGAUCUGGCGUGCUCACAUUGCUCCGAUUCGACUAGAUACCGCGUUUCGGCAACAGCGAUUAAAGGCAUGGCAGCCGAUCCUUACGCCGAAAACAGUGCUACCGCUCUUCUUCAUCGUCGGAGUAAUAUUCGCGCCGAUCGGAGGUCUUCUGCUAUAUGCCAGCGCGAAAGUACAAGAGCUCGCGAUAGAUUACACAGACUGUAUAAACCAGGGAGUUGAAUACACGUUUAUCCCGGACAACAAAGUAUCGCAGGUAUACCGUACAGCGGUGGAUAGCAAAGACCGUCCGCGAUGGAAAGUGCAGCACAACGUUACCACCACCGACCCGGACAUGAUGACGACGAACCCGGAAUUCAACGAGACCAUCUGCACGCUCAAGUUCACUCUGCCCAACGAGCUCAAGGCGCCCGUGCUCUUCUAUUACCGCCUCACAAACUUCUACCAGAACCACCGCCGCUACGUGCAAUCCUUCGACCAAGCACAGCUCAAAGGCGAUGCCCGCACCUACGAUCAAUUGGAGAGCAGCAAUGACUGCGACCCGCUCUCGGGACUCCGAAACGACAGUAUGACGAAGCCAUACUACCCCUGCGGCCUGAUCGCCAACUCGCUCUUCAACGACACCUUCGCCCAGCCCCGCCUCCAGAACCCGCAGGGCGGGGCCGGUGACGGCGGCGCCGUUGUCUUCGAAAUGUCAAAUAGUGGAAUCGCCUGGAGUUCCGACAAGGAGCGCUUCGGCAACACCAAGUACAACGCCGAGGACGUCCUCCCGCCACCAAACUGGGCCAACCGCUACGCCGGCGGCGUGUACACUAACAAAACCCUGCCGAAGAUACACCAGUGGGAGGAGUUCCAGGUAUGGAUGCGCACUGCCGGUCUCCCUACAUUCAGCAAACUGGCGCAGCGAAGCGACGAUAAGGAUAUGGACAAGGGAACGUACGAGCUCGAAAUCUACUACCGGUUCCCCGUAAAGGACUACUCGGGCACCAAGAGUAUCGUCAUCUCAACCCGCACCGUGAUGGGCGGGAGAAACCCGUUCCUGGGAAUCGCCUACAUCGUGGUCGGUGGUCUCUGUAUCCUCCUCGGACUCAUCUUCACCGCGAGACACCUCAUCAAACCAAGAAAACUCGGAGACCAUACAUACCUCUCCUGGAACAACGAGGAUGUGGCCGCACACGCGUCCGGCCGCGAGAUCUAGGCGAUUCCCGGCAUUACCGUUCGGCGGGGAAGCUUAAGCUUAAGCAAGGGAUUACUCGUCAGUGACCGGUGAAAAACAAAUUGCUUGCAGAUCAGAUCGGGGUGUUAUGGGUUUUGUUUUUUUAUGCUUUGUGCUUUGGGUUCUCUUCUUUUUUUUUUGUUAACAAUGUCAUUCUCUGAUUUGGUUAAUCAUCGUUUUGUUGUCCCACUUGCUUGCUUCGCUUUCGCUUUUCGCCCUUUUGCGCGCGCUUCAUUGAGUAGAGAACACUUUGCUGUUGCUCUUGCUUGUAGCUGUUGAUUUAACGAAACUUGAGCUUGAGCUUUUUUCCAUAACUGAAU